UCGAGGCGUCCGUCCUUCUGUCCCAUCAAUGAGAAGCCGGACAAAGAGGGAGCGGAGGAUUCUGGGAAAACAGUGGUGGUGUUCUCUCUGAAGAACGAGGUCGGCUGUCUGGUGAAGGCCCUCAGAGUGUUCCAGGUCAACUCAACUCAACUCAACUCGACUUUAUUUAUAAAGUGCUUUAAACAGCAGCCGCUGAAACAAAGUGCUGUACAAUAAACAAUGAAUUAAAACAUUAAAACAAUAAAUAAAAUAUAAAUAAAACAUACACAUAUUAAGACAGCAGCACAAUAAAACAGAAGCAGAGUCUCAUGCUGUGUUAAAAGCCAGUGAAAAAAAUAAGUUUUAAGAAUACGUUCUAAAAACCGACAGUGAGAGAGCCUCUCUGAUGUGCAUGGGGAGAUUAUUCCACAAUCUAGGAGCAGCAACAGAGAAGACUCUAUCUCCUCUGAGCUUCUGCUUAGACCUUGGAACCUCCAGAAGUAGCUGAACAGCUGAUCUGAGGGUUCGUGAGGGGGCAUGAGGAUGGAGCAGCUCAGAGAGGUAGGGAGGGGCCAGACCAUUUAAGGCUUUAAAAACAAAUAAAAGAACCUUCAAAGCAACCCUAAAGCGCACGGGGAGCCAAUGGAGGGAAGCUAAAACAGGCGUAAUGUGCUCAUAUUUUCGAGUGCUGGUUAAAAGACGGGCAGCAGCAUUUUGAGCCAACUGGAGACGCGCUAGGGCAGACUGGCUAGCUCCAAGGUAUAGUGCAUUACAAUAGUCCAACCUGGUUGUGAUAAAAGCGUGGAUCACCAUUUCAAAGUGCUCUGGUGUUAGAAAGGGCUUCACCUUGGCUAACUGUCGCAGUUGAAAGAAGCUAGCCUUCACUACGACACUGAUUUGAUGGUCAAAUUUAAAAUCAGAGUCCAUUUUAAAACCCAGGUUGGAAACCACUGGCUUAACAUAGUGAGCCAGGGGGCCCAAGUCAAAAGGGGGAGACUCACAAGGGCCACUGGGACCGAACACCAUUAUCUCAGUUUUCUUUUCGUUAAAACGGAAAAAAAUUGAAAGCCAUCCAGGCUUUAAUGUCAUUAAGACAGGACAGAAGCGAUGUGACUGAUUGAGAGGCUUUCUUUUUCAACGGCACAUAAAUUUGUGUGUCAUCCGCAUAAAAAUGGAAGGCAAUGCCAUGCUUCCUGAGGAUGGAUCCCAUAGGAAGUAGGUAUAAGGAAAAAAGGAGAGGCCCUAAAACUGAACCCUGCGGGACCCCAACAGACAACGGAGCAAACGAGAUAUUAAAAUCUUGUGGUCCACUGUGUCAAAUGCAGCAGUUAAAUCCAGAAGAACAAGAACCACAUAAUCCCCAGAGUCGUUUGCCAGGAGAACAUCAUUAAAAACCCGUAACAGUGCUGACUCCGUGCUAUGCAGAGUCUUAAAACUAGACUGAAAAACCUCCAGUACGUUGUGCUCAUCUAAAAAGGACUUCAACUGGGCAUGAACAACUUUCUCUAAAAUUUUGGAAAGAAAGGGCAGCUUGGAGAUUGGUCUCAAGUUAGAUCAAACUGUGGUGUCAAGGCCAGGUUUCUUAAGCAGUGGUUGGACUACAGCGUGUUUAAAACUAGUGGGGGACCACGCCAGUGGACAGACAGCUAUUAAUGACAGUUAAAACUGACUGCCCAAUACAUGGGUCGGGGAUUCGGGCGCCUCGCUGCAGUGUCGCCAGGUUCCAGAGGUUUAAUCCGCGCUGGCAAAGCCGAGGAGAGCAGGGGCGAAGUGGCAGCGAUCUCUCAUCCAGGCAGGCGACGGGCGACGGGCACCAGGCAGGAGGCGACAGGGUCCAGGAAGUGCUGGAGCACGCUAAAGGAAAACAACGUGCCUCGUCUUGUCCAGGACGAGAACGACGCUGAGGACGUGGUCGCCAGGUAGGCCUUGAGCCUCACCCGCAGGCCGCUGCGUUUACCGCAGCGGCGGGGACGCUUCCGUGGAGGAGGUAGGUUCGGUGUCCGGAGCAGGUAAGCCGGGAUUCCCCGUAAAGGCGGGGGCAAAGUUUUGUGGCCACCAUUAUUAAAAUCAAUCACAAAUCCGACUUUAUGUCGCAGUUCCAACAAAGUUUGUUGAUCAUAUGUCAGCAGAGACUUAUCCCGUCGAGUGCCAAGGACCAGAAACACAACAAACACCAACCAAACGGAGAGCGACAGACGAGCGGCCAAACACACCGGCGCCAUCUUGGAAAACCCGCAGAAGACGGUCAAAAACAUAGUGUUGCUGUACUUUCUCAGAAAACACCCAGAACCAGGACCAGAACCAGAACCAGAGCUACAUUAGAAACCACCCCUACAUCCACCUGCGGAACCGCUCCAUUCUGCUCCUCAUACAUCACAGAAUGUUCUUCUUGUUUUCUCCAGGAGAAGAGGGUGAACCUGAACCACAUCGAGUCUCGCAUGUCGAGGCGGGUUCCUAAUGAGGUGGAAAUCUUUGCAGACUGUAGCUGCAGCAAGAAGGAGUUCAACGAGCUGCUGGAGAACCUCAAAGACCACGUCAACAUCGUGUCCUUCAACACACCUGAACACGUCUGGGCUGCUGAGGCAGAUGGAGAAGAAGUUCCCUGGUUCCCCAUGAAGAUCUCUGAGUUGGACCAAUGUUCUCACAGGGUUCUGAUGUAUGGUUCUGAGCUGGACGCUGAUCAUCCUGGCUUCAAGGACAACGUUUACCGUCAGCGCAGGAAGUACUUCGUGGAGGUGGCCAUGAACUACAAGUUUGGACAGCCCAUUCCUCGGAUCGACUACACCCCGGAGGAGGUGAGGACGUGGGCCGUGGUGUUCAGAGAACUCACCAAACUGUACCCGACUCACGCCUGCAGAGAGUACCUGAAGAACCUACCGCUGCUCACCAAACAUUGUGGAUACCGAGAGGACAACAUCCCCCAGCUGGAGGAUGUCUCCAUGUUCCUCAGAGAGCGUUCUGGUUUCACCGUCCGUCCGGUAGCUGGAUAUCUGUCCCCCAGAGACUUCCUGGCUGGUUUGGCCUUCAGAGUCUUUAACUGCACCCAGUACGUCCGCCACAGCACCGACCCGCUGUACACCCCAGAACCGGAUACCUGCCAUGAGCUGCUGGGUCACGUUCCUCUGCUGGCUGAUCCAAAGUUCGCCCAGUUCUCCCAGGAGAUCGGACUGGCUUCACUGGGAGCUUCUGAUGAAGAUGUGCAGAAACUGGCCACGUGUUAUUUCUUCACCAUCGAGUUUGGACUCUGCAAACAGGAUGGACAGCUGAGAGCUUAUGGAGCCGGAUUACUGUCGUCUAUUGGAGAACUCAGACAUGCUCUGUCUGAUCAGGCCUGCGUGAAGAUGUUCGAUCCGAGGACCACCUGCAACCAGGAGUGUCUCAUUACCACCUUCCAGGACGUUUACUUCGUCUCCGAGAGCUUCGAGGAGGCCAAAGAGAAGAUGAGGGAGUUUGCGAAGACGAUCAAGCGUCCGUUCUCAGUGUACUACAACCCGUACACUCAGAGCGUGGACCUGCUGAAGGACACGCGCAGCAUCGAGGACGUGGUUCAGGACCUGCGCAGCGACCUGACAACCGUCUGCGACGCCCUGGGGAAGAUGAACACCUACAUGGGCAUCUGAGGCCACGCCCACCUCACCUGUGGGCUCUGAUUGGUCAGUGACAUCAUCACGACGCUUCUGCAGAACAUCAGCCACAACCAGGUCUUCAUUUACGUCUCUGAGUGUACCUAGAACAGGGAGGUGUUGAAGGUCUGUCACCUGAUUUCUCCAUAGAUCAGUUCUGAGGUUGUUUCUUCUCAUGCAGCUGUAAAUAAGAUAAGAUUUACUUUCUGAAUGUUCCUGAAUCCAUCUCUGUAAAACCUCUGAGUGAAAUCCACAUCAGUUUGAAGCAGGAAGCAAAAGCAACUUCCAGGAAGGUUGUCCAACAGUUUCUGUGAGUUUGUUUCAAGCAGCGUUUGACCAAACUGAAGAUCACAUGAAGCAUCGGUUCAUGAAUACAGUUCCAGGAGGAGCUCGGGGUGGAUGGAGGGUUCAGGGUUUCAUGAUUGAUGCUUUCUGCUUCCAGCUGAGUCCGGGUGUAAACCUGACGUCCAAUUAGAAGUCAAAAUUCAGCCAAUUUCUAUGGCAACGACUCUCACAGUGGGAGCUUUUAGAUGGAAAAUGGUUCUUAAAUGAUGAAUAAAUAUAGUUUAUGUCUGGAGACACAUCUGUCUCCUCCAGCAGUUAGUCAGGACCAAACCUGUGAAAUCAGGUGAGUCCACUGACGGUUUCGCCUGGUUGGUGGAUUUUUCUCUUUUUUUGUGUCACUCAGGAGUUUUUCCUCUAUGAAAGCCUCCAUGAGCGGUCCUUCAUGGCCUCGCUGUUCUGCUUCUCCUCAUUUUUAUCAGGUUCUACUGUUCCAGCAGGUUUCUGACUCUUUACAAACUGGUCGGAACAAGGACCCAGGUCUAGUAAAGACCACUUGGUGAAACUGGGUCCAGGUUCUGAUCUCCACUGAUUACCCUGACUCCAGUCUGAGGUUCAGUUGGAAAGUUUUGAUUCACUGGAUGUAAACUUUUCUCAAAUCACUUUGGACAUUUUCUGUAUCAAAGCAAAACACUGUCUCUCCUGAACCUGAACCUAAACCUAAACUUGAACGUAAACCUGAACCUGAACCUAAACCUGAACCUGAACUUGAACCUAAACCUGAUUCUGAACCUAAGCCUGAACCUAAACCUGAACCUUCAACCUGAAUCUAAACCUGAACCUGAACCUAAACCUGAACCUAAACCUAAACCUGAACCUAAACCUAAACCUAAACCUGAACCUAAACCUGAUUCUGAACCUAAACCUGAUUCUGAACCUAAACCUGAUUCUGAACCUGAACCUGGUUCUGAACCUGAACCUAAACCUGAUUCUGAACCUGAACCUAAACCUGAUUGUGAACCUAAACCUAAACCUGGUUCUGAACCUGAACCUGGACCUGGACCUGGUUCUGAACCUGAACCAGAUAAACACUGAACUCUGAAGCUUCCAGGAGAAAUCCACCUCAUUUUAAUGAAGUUCAACAUUUUUAGCUUCAUGCAAAUCCGGUUUUCCAUGUUGUUGAUCCUGAAUCCAACAACAUCCUGAGAGCCGAGCCUCCAGAGAGACAGAGUAACAGCAGCUGGUUCUGGUUCAGACUGAAUCCAAAGGUUCUGAAGUUCUGAAACUAUCUUUCACAGUCUUUCUGUCUUUGUUUCAUUAAAAGACCUUCAGUAAAUUGAUUACAACGAAUAAAAAAACAUUUCAGUCAGUUUCUGCUGCUUCGUUCUGUUUUUAUCAUGAUAAUGUGGAUUAAAUGUUUAUCUGAGGUCUCUGAGCAGUCAGGAAGAAUCACACUGACUUUAUUCUGAAACGUGUUGUGCUGCCGUGUUUUAUUAAAGUGUAAAAAAUGAAGCAUUAAAACUACAGUGUUUGUUGUGAAACA